AUGGUGCUGGUGCGCAGGUCGCUCAGCAUGAGCCGCCCCCGGAGCUGCCACGACGCUGACGACCGUGGCUGGAACCCGCUCCACGUUGCUGCUCGCAAGGGAGACCUCAAGGAGGUCCGACGUCUCCUGGAUGAUGGGAUGGAUGUCAAUGCACCUGCAUGGGGACCAAAAUGUCCUGGUGCUACCCCACUCCAUCUGGCUGCUCAGGGUGGGCAUGUUAAAAUCAUGGAUGAACUACUGGAGCGUGGUGCCAAUAUUGAUGCUCGAACCAAAGGGGCCUGUGGCUGGACUCCUCUACAUAUUGCUGCCAAAGAAAGGAACAAGAAGACUGUGAGAUUCCUGAUUGAGAAUGGAGCCUUCCUUCCUCCUGAGAUGAAUGACCAUAGCAUUGCAAAAGAAUGGGGAUUGGGCAAUGAUGUCAAAGGCAUGUCUAGAUUACUAGAUAUGGAGGACUGCUCUAGGAUGUUCUGUGAUUAUAGCUAUUUGGAUAAUGUUGCAUAUGUUGGACUGCGUCAAGCAUCAUGA